AGAGUUGGGGCCCUGGGCAUACCCCAGAGUACUCGGGGUACUUGCCUAAAUAAACGCAGAGGUGGUUGGGCGUGAUACCUGUCGCCCUUGGGAUGAACUCGCGAUUUGGCUCACUGGAAAACUGCGCCCUCGACAUCCCGGCUGACGACGGCAUUUCAUGUUUGAUGGAAACACACCACCUCCCUCUGGAUCGUAGCCCAUCUUCCAACGUUGCCAAAACUCCCUCGACGGGUGCGCCCUCACCGGCCUCUAUCAACGACACCUACCUACGUCGUCUCCUGGUCCUGCUCGCCGUCCGCCUUCUCCGGCUCUCCCAGAAGCGCUCCGUCCUCCGACUUUAUCCCUGGCUUUGCAUCAAAUAUGGCGAAUCUCGGGAGCUCUCAGAGGCACGGACCCUUCAGUUUGUCCGACAACAUACGUCGAUCCCAACUCCGAAGGUGUACUGCGCUUUCGAACGGAAAGGAAUCACGUACAUUGUAAUGAAGAGACUCCGCGGGAGAAGCCUCGCGGUCAGCUGGAAGAACUUAUCGGAUUCGUCCAGGGGAAAGAUCCUGCACCGUCUACGAGAGUUGGUGCUCGAAAUGCGAUCCGUCCCAGCUCCGGGCAAUGAAAUAGCUGGUGUAGACGGAGGAACACUAUGGGACUGCAGGUUACCGUGCGGACUGGAGCGUUUUGGUCCAUUCGCCGACAACGAUGAUUUCCACCGAUUCCUUCGGAACGGCGUCGACGAGGCCCCACCUGGAUACCCAGAUAUCACAGAAAUGAUCCAACUGCAAAAGCAGGAAUGGGGUUCGCCCGUUUUAACUCAUGGUGACUUGAGCAGCUUGAACAUCAUGGUACAUAAAGGGGACAUAACAGGUAUCAUUGAUUGGGAAACAUCUGGUUGGUGGCCACCCUACUGGGAGUAUACAACUGCGCACCAAGUCAAUCCAAGGAACAUGUUUUGGGCCGAACAUAUUGACCAAUUCUUGGACCCUUGGCCUGAAGCUCUCAAAAUGGAGAAGAUUAGGCAGAGAUGGUGGGGAGAUUUCUGAACGCCAUGUCCUUCUCAACCUGCUCUCCAUCUUAGACAAUUAUCUCCUUCCGCACCAGAAGGUCAUACGUUGGGGCUCUGUCCGGAUCAAAUUUCGCAGAUGAAAAGCGGCCGUCCGCUUUCUUUUGGUUACAGUAGUCCAUGGCAGUUUUGCGAAUAGUAUCCCACACAAGGACACAUGUUCCGAGAGCCUUUUUGUCCUUGCUGACACGUUCUAGGGCUUCCUUCAGCCAGAAAACGCAAUUCCAACCGUCCGUGCCGUCCCUC